CUAUUUACUAUAAAUGUCAAAAGCACCAGACAUUAUGUCUGAAAUUAAUAAAAAAUGCAAUAAACUCGAAACAGAUAAAUCAAAUGAUUUCGAAAGUUCGAAAUCAAGUGUAUGUGAUAUAAUACCAAGUAAAUCACGUUUAAUGCAAUUGCCAAGUGCUAUUGCAUCAAAUUUUCGACGUGCUAGUAGUCACUUAAAUUUAACAAGUGAAUCGUCAUCAACUUCGAAAAAAUGUGAUUUACCAGAGACUUCAUCUCCCAAUAAAAAAUCCUCGAAAUGGAUGAAAAAGUUCAAUUGUGCUAAAUUAAAGUGUAUGAAACAAUCGAUAUCGAACGAUCAAAGUCAUGCUCCAGUGCGUAAUAAAACAAAAUCGAAAAAUUGUUUAUGUCAGCAUUGUCCCCAAAAGACAGUGGAUCUCAGUAUUAGUGGAUUUGGAUCAAGUGAACUUUCAAUUACACCUGAAGUAGUGGUAACCAGGACGUCGAGUAGUGAUAUAUUAGUUGAGGAUAAUGUUAAGGAUGUGAAAAUUUCUGAUUCGAGUUCGGAGCCUAGUACGUUUUAUGGAAGUGUGGCGAAUUCAAUUACAAAUGGUGCUAGCUGUUCAUCUAAUUUAGGUGAAACGUCAAAUAAUGUUGAUGGUGAGACAUCCGGAACUGUAGCCAGCUCUAACAAAAACGAUAAGUGGGUACAAAUUAUUUAUCCAUCGGAAACCACAGAAGACAUUGAUGAAGAAGAUGAUACCGAAGAAUUUCAUCGACAUUCAAGUACACAUUCUGGUUCUAUAAUGAUAACACAACAUAUAUGUGGUCGUGCUGCCUAUUUUAGUGGUGAAAAGAAAGCAUUUCAAUUGAUUUGUCCACCGGAAGUGAAUGUGGAAGCUCUACGAAAUUUAUUACAAUCACAUUUUAUUAUUGAUUCCGUAACAAAGUGUCAUACUCAGGUCGAUUUUAUACACUACUUAGUACCAGAUCUACGUCAAAUCACAUCAUGUUCAUUCUACUGGGGUAAAAUGGAUCGUUAUGAAGCUGAACGUUUGCUCGAUGGCAAACCAGAAGGUACAUUCUUGCUACGUGACUCCGCACAAGAUGAAUUUCUAUUUAGCGUAUCAUUUCGUAAAUAUGGUCGUUCGUUACAUGCACGCAUCGAACAAUACAAUCAUAAAUUCUCGUUCGAUUCACACGAUCCAGCCGUUUAUGCCAGUGAUACUGUUUGUGGUUUAAUUGAACAUUACAAAGACCCAUCGUGUUGUAUGUUCUUUGAACCGAUUUUAACAUUACCAUUACAUCGUAAUUUUACAUUUACUUUGCAACAUUUAUGUCGAUCAAUAAUUACUAGUCAUUUACAGUAUGAUACAAUUGAUCAGCUACAAUUACCGCAUGUAUUAAAGAUUUAUUUAAAAGAGUAUCAUUAUAGGCAAAAAGUGUGCGUGAAACGGUUUGAUUUAGGUGAAGUACAAAGUGUUGAUUUGUAAUAUUAUACGAGCCAUUUUGUUGAUUUGUUUAUUUGAAAAUCAUAUCGUCGUCUAUUCAAACGCUAUCGUAAUUCUCUAACACGAGGCUGGCCAUGUUAAUAUAUAUGUACAAACGUUGUACGUUGAGAACUGAAAACUAGCUGCAAUUAAAGUAGCAAAAAUCAUAAUGUUUUGUUUUCGUUUAUUGGUGAUAUCAAGGGUAAAUUAAUGCAACCAUUUGAUCAUUUAACAUACAUCUCCGAGAUAUCGCCAGAAAAGUAACUAGUAAGAAUUUAAAAUUCUUAUGCUUCCUCUCUUCUAUUUCGUGCAUUAAACUGCGCUUACCAUAACCAUAUUCAUGUGCAAUGACGUCAAAGUACAUAAAAGAAAACGAUUUCACAUACAUGAUAAUUAUAGUAGCGUGUGAAUAGACAUAAUAUUGAUUUGUUUUAAUUUUGAUUAGAUUUACAUGUACUUGUAAACAUGGUUUUAUUAAUCGGUGGUUGUGAAUUUUUUUUUUUUUUUGGCUUAUAAAA